GCGCGCCGAAGAUAGCUUUGGUUCUGGCCUCUUCCGUGCAGGAAGGCGGAGCCUCGCUUUUGGCUGAGGGGCGGAAUUCGGAGCGUGGGGAGCUGCCAUGCGGAAUCGGGGAGGAAGCCACCCGGUGGGAGAUCCGAGGCUGAAGCAGCGAGUUAAGCAGUACUUGAGCAGUAAUAAAUGUGGCCAGUAUGUUGAUAUUGGAAUUUUAGCAGCUGAUCUACAGAAAACAUACAGUGCAGAUUAUGGAAGAAGAAAAAGAAAUGCUUUUAGAAUACAGGUAGAGAAAGUUUUUGGGAUAAUAAGUAAAGAGCUGAAGUCUGAGGAUUUAGAGACUACAGAACAUGAACAUUUGGCAAAGAAAGCAAGGCACAGGGGAGGCAAAGAAGAUUCAGAAAGCUGCAUGGAUACCUCAGACACUGACACUGAGCACCCAUCCUCCAAUUACAUGAACACUUCUUUAUUGACCUUAUACCGGAAAGAAAAUCAAGAUUCCCUUCCUGAAACUGCUAUGGAUGUGCUAACAAAAUCCAGCACUCCUCCUCAAGUAACAGCUGACACCAGAAUUUCAGAAGGCGGAUGGUUUAUCGAUAAAACCCCAGCCAGAAAAGAGGAUAACUUUUUUAUUGAUUUAUGUGCAGAAGAAGAGAGUGACAGUAGUAAACAGAUAGCUGAGCAUUCAAAAGACCUUUCCUUUGUGAAGAUUGAAAGGAAGAAGCCCAAGAGCAAAAGAUUUAAAAGGAGUAAAGAAGACUCUCAAGAUGUAGAUGAAGAAAUAGAAUCCGCUUUGUGGAAUCGGAAAGGUAAACCAAAAGGAAUAGAGCUACGGACCUCUUCCAUAAAGUUUGAGGACAUAGGAGGCAGUGACGAGGCUUUGAAGGAAGUAUGCAAGAUGCUGAUACAUUUACGUCAUCCUGAGGUAUACCACCAUUUAGGAGCUGUUCCACCUCGAGGAUUUCUCUUGCAUGGUCCACCAGGAUGUGGAAAAACCUUACUGGCACAGGCUAUUGCUGGGGAACUUGAACUACCAAUACUCAAAGUAGCAGCAACUGAGAUAGUGUCGGGAGUGUCAGGUGAAUCAGAACAGAAGUUAAGAGAUCUUUUUGAUCAAGCUGUGGCCAGUACUCCAUGUAUUCUCUUCAUUGAUGAGAUAGAUGCCAUCACGCCCAAGAGAGAAGUUGCAUCCAAGGACAUGGAACGGAGGAUUGUAGCCCAGCUUCUGACCUGCAUGGAUGACUUGAAUAAUCUGGCUUCCACAGCUCAGGUUCUAGUCAUUGGAGCAACCAACCGACCAGACUCACUGGACCCAGCCCUGAGACGUGCAGGAAGAUUUGAUCGUGAAAUUUGCUUGGGCAUUCCAGAUGAAACUGCCAGAGAAAAAAUUUUGAAGACGUUGUGUCGGAAGCUUAGACUCCCAGAAUCGUUUGACUUCCAUCACUUGGCUCGUAUGACUCCAGGCUAUGUUGGUGCUGAUCUCAUGGCACUUUGCCGUGAAGCAGCGAUGUCCGCUGUGAAUGGGGUCCUUGUUAAAUUGGAAGAGGAAGAAUCUGAAGCCCUGAGUAGUGAAGAAAAAGCACCUGGACAAGCCAUAGAGAAGAAACUAGAUGGGCUUGUAAAGGAAGAGACUGAAAUGCCAGAGCUUCCCACUAAAGAUGAAUUGAAAAGACUGCUUUGGUUGCUAAAGAAUCCAGACCCCCUGGGGGAGGCUCAGCUGCAAAAACUCUGCAUUGAGAUGAAUGAUUUCAUUGUUGCGCUGUCUUCUGUGCAGCCCUCUGCCAAGAGAGAAGGCUUUGUCACAGUCCCUGAUGUGACGUGGGCAGAUAUCGGAGCCCUGGAGGAUAUUCGGGAGGAGCUCACCAUGGCAAUACUGGCGCCUGUGCGGAAUCCUGAGCAAUUCAAAGCCUUGGGCCUGACAGCACCAGCCGGUGUGCUACUUGCUGGGCCUCCCGGUUGUGGCAAAACACUACUUGCAAAGGCUGUGGCAAAUGAAUCUGGGCUAAAUUUCAUUUCUGUGAAAGGUCCUGAACUGCUGAAUAUGUAUGUGGGGGAAAGUGAGCGUGCUGUACGUCAGGUUUUCCAGCGUGCAAGGAAUUCUGCUCCUUGCGUUAUAUUCUUUGAUGAAGUUGAUGCCUUGUGUCCUCGGAGAUCAGACCAUGAGACAGGUGCCAGUGUCCGUGUGGUAAAUCAGUUGCUAACAGAGAUGGAUGGCCUGGAAUCCCGUCGUCAGGUUUUCAUUAUGGCAGCCACCAACAGGCCAGAUAUUAUAGAUCCAGCUAUUUUACGACCAGGAAGGUUGGAUAAAACACUCUAUGUAGGUUUGCCACCACCUUUAGAUCGCCUUGCCAUUUUAAAGACUAUCACUAAAGAUGGAACACGCCCCCCAUUUGAUGUUGAUGUGGACCUUGAAGAAAUAGCUCAUGAUCCUCGCUGUAACUAUUACACGGGAGCAGACCUUUCAGCCCUAGUGCGGGAAGCUUCUGUUUGUGCCCUGAGGCAGGAAAUGAUGAGGCUGAACACCAUGAGCAGGACAGGAGAUAUCAAGAUUAACAAAAAACACUUUGAAGAAGCUUUUAAGAAAGUGAAAUCUUCUGUUUCAAGAAAGGACCAAAUAAUGUAUGAAGAGCUGCGUCACUCACUCAGUAGGUGACAGCUGGGUGACUCCAGAUGCUGACACUUUGCUUACCACAAAGAGAUCUCCUGGCAGAGUUUCCUAGAAGCUUGUUUAUGAAGAACUUGGACCCAGUUCCACUUAACCCCCCCCCCCUCUUUACACUUGUUCCAAAACAGUCUGGAUCAUGGACAGUUUUACUAUUGAUGUAGUGAGAUAUUUAAGAAAUCCUAUCAGUGCUCUGCUUAUGAAAUGAGCAGAAAGAAGCCAUCUCAAAUAUAUAUCUUCAUGGACUUGUGGCUCUAGCCUAACCUCUGUGACAUAAAGAGGGAAGCAGGCAGUCAAGCAGUGGAAACAGUGUUGUGAGAAGAGCAGCAACCUUGCCAUUCCCUUCCAGGAAAGUGGGCAGGAAGACCCAGCAGAAGGUCUGUUGUAGCUGAAAGACAGACUCGCAUUAUGGAAUUGCUCUGGCCUGUUGUAACCAUUGGGACAGAGAAGUGCUUAACUUUGGUUGGAUUGCUCAUCACCAGCACCAUACCCAGUGAUUUGUGGAUGCAACCUGUCAUUGUGCUGUAAUUCUCAACUGGAUUUUCCAGGAAUUCAGUUAUGGUUCUCAUUGUGCUAUUGUAUCCAUUGAUGUGUGUACUGCAGCCUCUCGGUGGAUGGACUUCACCUGUAUACUGAUCUUCAGUCAGCCAUUGUUAUGUGCCUCCUGACUCAUCAGUUCCUGUUCCAUGCUAGUAACUCAUGGUGGUCUGUUGAGAUAAUUUAGUUUCACACAUUCUAUCAUGUAUUUUGUAAUGUUGCAGCAUCCAUAAUCUCUAUCAUCCUUAAAGACAUAGUUCUCAUAGACAUAGAUGUGGUAAACUCAAUGCCUGUUUAACUUAGAUGAUUCAGUGUUCCUUCUUGGAAAGAAAAAAAAUUCCCUGCAUGUUCUGGAAAAAAGGUAUAUAGCUGAGCAGCCCUUCUCCCUGAUGUGCUAGUUUUCUGUGUACAGGGACUGGGGACUGUUGGAGAGAACCAUUGCAUAAUGUGAACCCUCUCCUGCAAUAUGAAAUAUGGCAUAUUUUGAAUGAGCCAACAGCUUAUCCUAUUUGUGGGGAAACUUAUUUGAAGAAAGUGGGGGUUUUUUACCUUACAAGUUUAUGGAAAGGCAUAAAGUUAUUUAGAUUUAUCAGUAUUUUUUUUCUGGAGUAGGAUUCUUUGGCACAGAAUCAUUCUGACAUUCUCUAAGUAGGAUUAUUUUUAGUAUAAUAAAAUGAAGGAAAAUAAAACCUGAAAGUUUCAAAAGUGGUGGGAGUUUCAUAGUUCAGGGAGCAGAUCUCCAGUUGAGCUCUCAGAGACUCUGUGGUCCACCCGUGCAGCUAGCCCUGUAACUACACUGCAGUGAAAACUAUCAUAUACAGCAGUGUGCCCAACUUUGUUGCUGUGUGUGAGGAUCUGUAGCUGUGGUUCAUUAAUUACAUAAAAUAUAUUCCAUGUUCAGCAGCAAUAUACCUUUGACUCCAGAUGCGGAGGACAAAUGGGGGAGGCGGUUGCGUAUAAUACUGUUGGAGUAUCUGCUUUACCACUGUUCCACAUUCAUGCUUUGUAUCUGUGCCUGACAAUAGCAUGAAAACAAAUCUAAGCCUGAAGUUUUAAUGGUCAGAGCAUACCAAACUGACCUGUCCAUGGAAACAUGGUAGUAGGAUUCUAGAAUUCCCUACCUGAAGCUGAAUAGAGAGAGCAUAUAUACUUCAGUAACAGGCACUGAAGGACUCCUGAAGAGUUCAGUACAGUUUGCCUGAGCAUUAAAUCUGCUGCAGUUCACUGCACAGAGACCACUUCAAAAUAAAAAUAAUUAAUGACUGCAAAUCCUCUCUUGUGUGUUUCAUACUGAUGCCCCCAACGCAACUGCAAAAUAGCUAUUUGGGUUAGCAAACACAGUGGAAAAUGUUCUGCGUUUUAAAUGUAUCCCUAUAUAAGGUUAUUUUAAAUGUAUAUUUUGGUUUGUAAACCUGUAAAGUUAUGUAAUGCGCAGUCCCAUUCAUUAUGAUGUUACUGAGUAAGAACAUUCUUUCAUUAAAGCCUGUUUUCACACUGUGGAGCAAACUGGGCCAAGAGUGAGUUUCAGUAGUUUGGACUCGGAUGUGAUGUCUCAGGUGCUCUUAUGAAAUCUGUGCAGACAGUGACCCAUGCUCUAAUGGGGCUAAAGUUUUUGUUUGGAUGGUUUCUUUUUCAUUUUGUGCAGAAAGGUAUACUGAUAUUCUCAGUCAUGUUGGUGUAUAUUCAUCACCACCCCU